GUAGAGAGAGGGCACCAAGGAUCCAAGAUGGAGGAGAAGUUAGAAUCCGCAGGCCAAGCACCACCGCAUGUCGUCACGAUAGCAUGCCUGAAGGAGUUACCGCACCAGGCAGCGCUGCAAAAUGGCAAGCAGCAGCUCGAGGACGGGCUGCCCCAGGAAUGGGCCACCCAGUGUCAGGAGUUCCUGAAGGCCCUGGAUUCUCAUCGCCUAGGAUGGGGAAGCCCACCACGGUCAAAGCUUGGGCCGUGGGAUGAUGCCAAGGCCUUUCUGGCUUCCUUUGAGCAAGUGGCCGAAGCCUGCCAAUGGCCUGAAGAAGAGUGGGCGACACGUCUCCUGCCGGCUCUCAGCGGAGAAGCCAAGCAGGCCUUUAGCGGCCUAGAAGCUUCCGAGAGGGAGGACUACGGGAAGGUGAAGGCGGCCAUUUUGCGAGGGGAAGCCAGCAGAAUGGAGGCACUGCGGCAGCACUUCAGGCAGUUCCGCUACCAAGAAGUCGAGGACCCGCGAAGGGUCUAUGGGCAGCUCCAGGAGCUCUGCCAUCAGUGGCUGAAGCCGGAGAGGCGCAGCAAGGAGCAGAUCCUGGAGCUGCUGAUCCUGGAGCAGUUCCUGGCCAUUUUGCCCCAGGAAAUGCAGAGUAGGAUCAGGGCCUGGGACCCGGAGACCAGCACCCAGAUGGCGGCAGAGGAGCUACUGAUGAGUCCCCAAGAAGCCAAGGCUUGGAAAUGGCAGAUGCCGGUGGAGGAAGUGCCCACGAACCCCUCAGAAGCCAAGGGGGCACCUCGGAAGCAAAUCUACAUAGAGGCCGAUGAGAAAGCAGACAAAGACCUCUGUUUGCUGGCCAGCGAAAUAAUGUCGCCAAGUCAUCCCAGUCCGGUGCUUCCUCCUGAAGAACAAGAAAUAGUUGACACUGAGCUUUCUGAGGGAAAUGUGAAUUUAAACGAGGUGACUGUGGCUUUGGGCAGUGCUGAGUGGGCAGUGCUGAACACCAGUCAAGGAACCAUGCAUUGGGAAGUCAUGCAGGAGGACUCUGAGGACAUCAGCUCUCUAGGAGGGUUUGUGAUUCCCAAACCAGAGGCUGUAUCCCAAAUGGAAAAAGGAGACAUGGGUUUCAUCCAGGACUCUGAGGAUGGCGAGGUAUUUGCAGAAAGCAUCUCAGGUAAAGGGGAGGGAUAUUAAAGGCAGAAUGGGGCUUAGUUGGGAGGGGUGGUUACAGAGGGGUGCAUCACACACUCUGGGAUUGCUUUCAUUGUGCCUGUUUUUCCAUGUGCCACUUCCUGCUUUUCUUGUCCUGGGUGCUGAUUGGGUGGGAAAGUU